CUCCAUGUGUAAGAAAACAUGGAAACUGACGAAGCAGUUUCUAGAAGGGCCAAAGGGCCCCUGGCGAGCUUGGAAUAUACCCGAGCAGAAAUGGAAACUUGCGAGUCACGAGAACGCGUGGAGAAUGCGAUUGAGGAUGAUGUUGAAUCCGAGCUUCGACGAUCAUUCGCAAGCCUCGAAGUUGAGAGACAAUCAAGGAGAUUAUCAUAGGUGUUCCAGUGAUAGUGUGUUGCCAUGGGGAAUUGCACAGAAGGCAGUUCGUCGAAAAAACGAAGCCGAGGAUGAUGAGGAUGAGAUUACAGAAGAUGACGACAGCAGUGUUCCUAGUGCACCGACAACUACUGCCAUUCAGACUAUGUUGGGAGACCAUGAAAGUCCUGCAAGAAGAGCUGGCUGUCCGGGAUCACCCAUGAAAAUUCUCUUGAGUGAGGAUUGCUUCCUGGUGGAACUAAUGUCGACAGUGCGUGGAAAACUCGACGUGAAUUCUUCUCACAUGCAUUUUUGUGAUCUUUCGCCUUUUAUCGAGGACGUGGGAAGAAAAGAUUUCUGGAUUCCGAUGAAUCGGCUGAGAGAAAUUCAUUUGCGGAGGUACAACCUGAGGCGAUCGGCAGUCGAGUUCUUCCUGACGGACCAUUCGUCGCACCUGAUCAACUUCCCUUCCACAAAAAGUCGAAAUCGAGUCUUCCGAACUUUGCUCGGCGUUCGUCCGCCGAAUCUUCUCUCGAGAAGCGGUCGUCCACCUGCUCACAUUCUGAAAUCAUCGGGAUUGACCCAGAAAUGGGUGAACCGGCAAAUUUCCAACUUUCAGUACCUGAUGCAUCUGAAUACGAUUGCUGGCAGAACGUACAACGACUUGUCGCAGUAUCCAGUGUUUCCUUGGAUACUGGCUGAUUAUGAUUCGGGUUAUUUGAACCUUAACGACGUGAGUGCUUUCAGGGACCUGAGCAAGCCCAUGGGUGUGGUCAAUCCGAAGAAUGAAGCCGAAGUCCGGCAAAAGUACGAGACGUUCGAGGACAUGUCUGGAACCGUGCCAAAGUUUCAUUACGGAACGCAUUACUCGAAUUCCGCCGGAGUUUUGCACUUCUUGGUGCGAGUGGAACCUUUCACGUCUCUGCACAUCGAUCUUCAAAGUGGAAGACGUUGGUGGGUUCGGGGUGAAAUGACUGGGAAUGGCGACGAAUUCGGUUUCGGCCUGUUGUUGCUGGGUUCCGUAUGGCGUAGAUUUGGGAACGAUCGUCAAGAUUGUUGGUCCGUCGGUGCGUACGAGUGCAGCUGGAAUCAAGUAGCCAAUUGUUGUUCCGUAUCCAUUUACCACCGGCUGGAGCACAACGAUUUCCGGGUUGUUGGGUGGUAUAGGUUGGUGGCGGAUACGUCGGCGCCGAAUGGUGUCCAUUGUCACUUCCGUAGCGUGGAGGCGGUUCGUACAUCGGACGAUGCGUCACUGUCGUGUAUGUCGGCGUCGACGUCGUCGUCGGUUGUGUGGAUGAUGUUGAAUCCGAGCUUCGACGAUCAUUCGCAAGCCUCGAAGUUGAGAGACAAUCAAGGAGAUUAUCAUAGGUGUUCCAGUGAUAGUGUGUUGCCAUGGGGAAUCGCACAGAAGGCAGUUCGUCGAAAAAACGAAACCGAGGAUGAUGAGGAUGAGAUUACAGAAGAUGACGAUAGCAGUGUUCCUAGUGCACCGACAACUGCUGCCAUUCAAACCAUGUUGGGAGACCAUGAAAGUCCUGCGAGAAGAGCUGGCUGUCCGGGAUCACCCAUGAAAAUUCUCUUGAGUGAGGAUUGCUUCCUGGUGGAACUAAUGUCGACAGUGCGUGGAAAACUCGACGUGAAUUCUUCUCACAUGCAUUUUUGUGAUCUUUCGCCUUUUAUCGAGGACGUGGGAAGAAAAGAUUUCUGGAUUCCGAUGAAUCGGCUGAGAGAAAUUCAUUUGCGGAGGUACAACCUGAGGCGAUCGGCAGUCGAGUUCUUCCUGACGGACCAUUCGUCGCACCUGAUCAACUUCCCUUCCACAAAAAGUCGAAAUCGAGUCUUCCGAACUUUGCUCGGCGUUCGUCCGCCGAAUCUUCUCUCGAGAAGCGGUCGUCCACCUGCUCACAUUCUGAAAUCAUCGGGAUUGACCCAGAAAUGGGUGAACCGGCAAAUUUCCAACUUUCAGUACCUGAUGCAUCUGAAUACGAUUGCUGCGUCUUGCAUGUUGCUGAACAGCGUCAUAGGUCACAAAGGAACCUAUGACCGACUAAUACUAAGCCCAAUAAACUUGGAAUUGCUGCACUCACGAAAGUCCCUGGACUCGUUCGGGUACCCACACCAUAAUCCGAAGAAUGAAGCCGAAGUCCGGCAAAAGUACGAGACGUUCGAGGACAUGUCUGGGUGGCACGGUUUCAAAGUAAUGCCUUGCGUAAUGAGCUUAAGGCGGCCUCAAAACGUGAAGAACCACGCUCACCUUGGAAAGUGCAGAGACGUGUAG